UACUGAGGUGUGUGUUUGUGCGUUUUACAGAAAGUGCCCGGAUGGGUUUGUGUGUCUGAAGGCGGGAAGGAACCCAAACUACGGCUACACGAGCUUCGACAGCUUCGGCUGGGCCUUCCUGUCCUUGUUCCGCCUGAUGACUCAGGACUACUGGGAAAACCUCUACCACCAGACGCUGCGCUCGGCCGGUAAGACCUACAUGGUGUUCUUCGUGGUGGUGAUCUUCCUGGGCUCCUUCUACCUGGUCAACCUCAUCCUGGCCGUGGUCGCCAUGGCCUACGAGGAGCAGAACCAGGCGACCAUCGCCGAGGCCUGCCAGAAGGAGCGGGAGUUCCAGGUUGCCAUGGAGAUGCUGAAGAAGGAGCAGCAGGUAGACGCAAUCGGACGCGGCUUCCCGUCCUGAUUUACAGAAGGAACA